AUGGGAGAAGAACAAGAGAACAUUCCACCGUCCUCAUCCCCCGCCUCGCGCCUCCCGGCCCCAGCGAGAGCAACAGGCAUCCCACUGCCAAACGGCAAGCCACUGGCUGCCUCAACAACUGUCGCGGCCAAGCGAAAGUCACCCGCUGAUGACCUGCCGCCAGCCAAGCGGCUAUCUGGUGGACCUGUUACGGGCAUCAAGCAGCCCGUAAAAGCAGCCCGACCAGCUCCGUCGGGCAGUCGUCCCGAAACACGAAGCAGCAGUAGGACUGGGAUGCGUCCCACGACCGUGGCGACGAGGACAGCUGCCACGCGAACAGCUGCCCCUGCCCGACCGCCCGCUACCCGUGCGCCCGUCUCUCGCGCGCCAGUCACCAAGCCUGCAGCCAAACCUGCACCAGCUGUUAAGCCGGCCGUUGCUGCCAAGCCACGGCCAGGUGUGACUACGGCCGCUGUGCGGCGACCAGGAGUGGCGGGCCGCCCAGUUGCCCGUGGAUCCGCUAGCUCCAGCCAAUCUAGCCAUGACGAUCCCGACAAGUUGCGCGAGUACAUGGGUGACUUUGGCAAAACGAUAACAGACAACAUCCAGGCACUGCUUGAACAGGAACGUGAGCGGAUGUCGGUAUUGCAGCAUAACCGCACCGAAAUGCAGACGACGCUCCUAACCGCUCAGAACCAGGAGAAGGAGGCGCGACGUGCGCUAGCGAACGCGAGCGAGGAACAGGAGGCGAUCCUGGCGCGGCAUGCUCGUGAGGUAGAGGACCUCGAGCGCCACCUUGAGAGGCGAGAGCGUGAGAAGCGCAACCUCGAGGACGAGCUCGCACGCAAUCUCGAAGAGCUGGGCCAUGAGCGCGCCGUCGCACGAGAGUUGCGGACCGAGCUCGCCGAGCAGUCCAAACGACACAUGGGGCUGAACGCGCAGCUCAUUGCCGCUCAGGCACAGGGGACGCUCCUCCAGGUCGAGGUUGACCGUGCCGAGAUCGCUGUUAGCGCGUCCAAGGCUGAAGCUGAGGAAUAUCGCAAGCGGUGCGACGAGGCAGACCUGGGCGCUGAGGAGCGGAUUCGUCUCGCGCAAGCCGAGUGUGAUCGCCGCGUCGCCGAGAUCGAGGACGAGUUACGUGCGGCCGAGACGAUCCGCCGCAAACUCCAUAACCAGGUACAGGAGCUCAAGGGCAACAUCCGCGUGUUUGCACGUGUCCGUCCAGCCCUUGACCACGAGCGGAGCGCGCCCGAUGGUCUCGCAGACAUUGCGUACUGCGAUGAGCGUGUGGCUGCCGAGACUGGCCAGAGCCACCUCACCGUGCGGUCGCGGAGCGAGAGUGCCAUGGGCAAGGAGCGCGAGCAAGCGCUCACGUUCAACUUUGACAAGGUGUUCCAGCCAAAGCACGGUCAGCGUGAGGUGUUUGAGGAGAUCUCGAUGCUCGCCCAGAGCGUCCUCGACGGCUAUAACGUGUGCAUCUUCGCCUACGGACAGACUGGAUCGGGCAAGUCGUGGACCAUGGAGGGCGCCAAUGGCCUGCAUGCAGGUAUGAUCCCGCGAGCGAUCGACAUGAUCUUUGCCGAGAGUGCCAAGCUCCAGGACCGCGGGUGGAAGUACAGUAUGGAGGGCUCGUUUCUGGAGGUAUACAAUGACGAGAUCAACGACCUCUUGGGAAGCGGGCAGUUUGACACGAAGAAGCACGAGAUCAAGAUCGACCGGGACAAGAUGACCGUCACGGAAACUGUCGCCUUACCCCUCGCGAACCCACAGCAGGUCUCCACUCUCCUUGAGAAGGCUCGCUCUCGCCGCGCCGUAGCCGCAACACUUAUGAACGAGCGCUCCUCGCGUUCCCACUCGGUCUUUGCACUCAAAGUGCGCGGCUGGAACGACUCCACAGGCGAGGAAAGCGAGGGCAUCCUCAACCUUGUCGACCUGGCCGGUUCUGAACGACUCGCCUCCAGCGGAGCGGACAAGGACGCCGUGCGCCUCAAAGAGACAAUCAACAUCAACAAGAGCCUGAGUGCUCUCGCCGACGUCAUUUCGGCUCUUGGACAGGGGACUGGCGCGGCACACGUGCCGUACCGCAACUCAACGCUUACCCGCCUCCUGCAGACUAGUUUGAGCGGGAGUAGUAAGACACUCAUGCUGUGUAAUCUCUCCCCGCUCGCUGCUCAUCUCGGCGAGACGGUUUGCUCGCUCAGGUUUGCGACCAAGGUGAAUUCGACGCCGGCGGGGACGGCACGGCGCAACCUCAAGUAA